GGUAGAGCGGACUGUAACACAUGCUGCUUGCUUAUGCUGAGGAAGGCGCUGCUGCGGUCAGUGAGACUUGUCUGGAUCAGUGAACUGUAACAACGGGACCGGUUCAAAAAGAAGUUUUUACCUUUUUCCGAGAGAGGAGAAGAGGCAGAGAGAGUGGAUUGGCUUUUUCUGGAAGAGGAGACAAGGCGGAGCGAGUGGGUUGGCUUUUUCCGAAAAAGGAGAAGAGGCAGAGCGAGUGGGUUGGCUUUUUCCGAAAAAGGAGAAGAGGCGGAGCGAGAGGGCUGGCUUUUUCCGAAAGAGGAGAAGAGGCGGAGAGAGUGGAUUGUGUGCUUGAAACAAAAUCAAGCAGUCAAAGAAGAAACUGACCAGCAACUCUCAAGCAAAAAGGAGAAGAUUGGAGAACUGUCACUCUGUGUCCUCGUCCUUCAAGAGUGUGUUUUUUCUCUAACCUGUCAAAGAGUCAUCAAAAAUCUCAUCAUACACAUAAGAUUUUUCCUGCCCUCCAACAGUUUUCCUUCUGGGGCAGAUUUGUGCCAAUGGAGGACAAGGAGGCUUCGACGGAGCUGAUUGAUCUUGGGGAGAAGCGAGCGUGCCCUGAGGAGGAUUCAGAACAUAUUGCUAAGAAAGCUCGACUUGAGGAUGAAGCUAAUGGCAGCCAUGUCACCAAACAAACAGAGGAAGACAAAGAAGAGAUGGAGGCAGAGGAGGGUGGAGAAGAGGAGUCUUUGGAGGAUGACGAUGGAGAAGGAGAGAGCUUUGCUGAUAUGAUGAAACAUGGUCUCAGUGAAGUGGAUGUAGGAAUCCAUAAGUUUGUCAGUGAUCAUAAAGGGUUCUCUGGAAUUUUGAAAGAGAGGUACUCUGAUUUUGUGGUUCAUGAGAUUAGCAAAGAAGGGAAGACCGUGUGGCUAGACGACCUCUCCAUACCUGUAGAAGCAGAGGAAGCGUGUUUAGAGACUGAGCCGGUGGAGUGUCAGGAUCUGACAGAAGAGCAAAAACAACAGCUUGCUGAUUUGCAGCUAUUCAAAAACAAGGAAGGAUCUGUGCUUAUUGAGGUGGAAGGAGAUUCCAAGGAGAGGCGUACUUUGCUUCACAAAGCAAUCAAAGCCCUAUACCCAGGAUUAGAGACCAAAACUGAGGAAAGAGAGGGCAAGAGGUUCAUAGUGGCGUAUCACGCAGCUGGGAAAAAAGCACUGGCAGCACCAAGAAAACACUCCUGGCCUAAGAACCGUGGUAGCUUCUGCCAUUUUGUCCUUUAUAAGGAGAAUAAAGACACCAUGGAUGCCAUCAACGUUCUCUCCAAAUUUCUCAGGGUUCGACCCAAUGUUUUCUCCUACAUGGGCACAAAAGACAAAAGAGCCAUCACAGUGCAAGAGAUUGCAGUGUUAAAAAUCAGUGCAGAACGAUUGGCUCACCUCAAUAAGUGCCUGAUGAACUUCAAACUGGGAAACUUCAGCUAUAAAAAGCACCCUCUGAAACUGGGGGAGCUGCAGGGGAACCAUUUCACAGUAGUGCUCAGGAACAUCUCAGGCUCUGAUGAACAGGUGGAACAAGCCAUGACCUCACUCAGGGACACAGGUUUUAUCAACUACUACGGCAUGCAGCGCUUUGGCACCACAGCUGUUCCCACACACCAGGUUGGCAGGGCCAUCCUGCAGAACAACUGGACUGAAGUGAUGGACUUGAUCCUCAAGCCACGGCCCGGGGCGGAGAAGGGCUAUCUGGUGAAGUGCAGAGAAGAAUGGGCUCAGACACAGGAUCCUGAAGCAGCUCUGAAGAAGCUGCCAGUGAAACGUUGUGUAGAGGGACAGCUCCUGAGAGGCCUGUUAAAGUAUGGCAAAAACAACAUCAUUACAGCUUUCGGACUGAUCCCUCGUAACAACAGGCUCAUGUACAUCCACAGCUAUCAGAGCUUCGUGUGGAACACCAUGGUCAGCAGGAGAGUGGAGGCCUAUGGCCUUAAAGCUGUAGAAGGAGACCUAGUACUCAAAGGAGGCACUGCUCAUGUCCUAUCUGCAGAGGAAGCUGAGAAACACUCUAUUCAUGAUAUUGUGAUGCCACUACCUGGAUUUGAUGUCAUCUAUCCCACACACACAGUGAGGACAGGCUACAGAGACAUGCUGGCAGCCGAUAAUCUAGAUAUUGAUAACAUGAGGCAUAAAGUACGAGAUUAUUCACUGGCAGGGGCCUACCGCCGCAUCCUCAUAUGCCCUAAUGAUGUCAGCUGGGAGCUGAUUCAUUAUGAUGACCCCAGAGUGCCUCUGGUCCACACGGAUGUAGAGAAAUUGGAAAACAAACCAGCACCAGUUUUUCUGACAGAGGGUAAAUACAAGGCUCUGAAGAUGGAAUUCUCCCUCCCUCCAUCUACCUACGCCACCAUGGCCAUCAGAGAAGUGCUAAAAAUGGACACCAGCAUCAAGAACCAGACGCAGCUCAACACUGUGUGGCUGAACUGAGAACCACCAUCUGUCUGGACUUUUACUUUCCUCCAAGCUUUUGUUUUUAGUAACUCCAGUCAGAAAUAAGCACACAAUUGUUCCAUAUUUAAUUUUAGUUUUUAACACGCUUAGAAAACAGUGUGUGUAAAUCUUAAGUUUAAUUGGCUUUUAUUGCCUUUGUUUUUGAUGAACGUGUGGAGAACUUUGUCAGAUUGUUCUCUAGAUGUAUGGAUGGGAUAAAUAAGUACUUUUUUUUUUUGUAUUUACAAAAUGACAUUUUGCAAAUAUAAUUAAAUUGCCCACAGGGAAUAAAAAAACAUUAAAAUCUUUUAAAUCCCCCCAA